AUGUCUUCAUCAGGUGGCAGCGCACCAGGCGAGUUCGCCCACGGCAAAGUCGAUCCCAGCGAGGCCGGGAAGAAGGGUGGCUUGUCCAGUGGAGGCGGAACCAACACUGAUUCCAGUUCCACCGGUGGCACGAGCGGUGACAGCUCAGGUAGCGGAAACAGCGGAGGAAGCCAAAAGGGGGAAUUUGCUCAUGGUAAGGUCGAUCCAUCUGAGGCUGGGAAGAAGGGCCGAAUGUCACCAAGACCAGUCACGGGCGGGGCAUGCUCAGGAUUGUCAUCUCGAGUUGAAGCGGCGAGGCUCAGAGCCACGCUCAGGUCCAAAGAUGGAAGUGGAACGUGCUCACGUCGAGAUUCCGACGUCGAAUUCAGUGUUUCCCGCACGUCGUACUUGGCGAAGGCAAUCGGCUUCUGGGAAGAGACAGUCAUGACGAAAGCUCAGAGCCAGCAACUAUGUCUUAGGUACAUUACCGACAACGGUUAUGCAUCUAAUGAACCGACAGUGAGGUUUGGGUGA